AUGCGUUCUGAACCUCUCUCCAUAAGCGUCCUGGGUGUCUUGCAAUUGGCUACAGCUCUACUGAGUCCCUUGCCACUUGAGUUUCGGAACACGCCGGCUCAAUGGGCGUACCUGUCCUACGAUAACCCCUCGUUUGCCGUUAUCCCAGGUCACUUUAAUCGGUCUGCCUUUGUUUCGCAAACCGACAGCGUAACAUCUGAUCCUGAAGUAACUAAAGCUCAUAACGAGACUGCAUCGCUGAAUAAGAUUAUUCCCGACACUCUUGAGAAGACUACCUUGCUUAACAAUUUUUAUGGGUUACCCUUUCAAGGGCUUAACGACCUUGAUAUAGACCCGGAGGGCAAUUUCUGGAUAACUGAUGACCACUAUGGCUGGGGAAGGGGAGUCGUAAAUUUCACUCCACCCUUACUCUCGACGGUCUAUUUUGUCAAUGGCACUACCAUGCGUCCGAGGCCAUUUCACGUCACGACGUAUCAGGCCAACGGUGUUGCUUUCUCCAAGGGUGGCGAUGGCAAGGGUACCAUUUAUAUUUCUAAUACUGGGGCUGUGUCCCCUGAUAAGAGCCAUGCAGAACACCCUUACCGCCCCCGCACUAUUGAAGCGUAUGAUGUAUCAUACCCAGGCGCGCUGACAAGCAGUUCUCGGCUAGUCAGUGUUCCAAUCUCUUUUGUCUACGAUGGUGUCAGAGCCUCUAGGAACGGGUGGAUAUUCGCCGGUGCGGGCAACGGGGUGGAUGUGCUCGACCCUGAGACUGGGCUGGCGUUGGGGACAAUUCGCGUAGGUGGAGGGAACUACGUAGCAGUCAAUACAGCAUUGGGAGAGAACGAGCUAUGGAUUGUUGGUGCAGGAGGAGUCUGGCAUGUAACUGGCAUUCGUGAGACGCUAGCUAGAGACUUUUAG